AUGGGGACAACAAAGUCCUCAGUUUUCUCUCAGCCUUUAGACAUCAGCUUACUCAUAUCUCCUCAACCUACUUCUUCAGCUGCACAACAGUCAGUGAUCUUCCUCAAUCCUCCAUGGACUACCUUCUUCCAAGGAGAGAGAGUGAAUAUGACUUGCCAUGGAUCUCAUGACUAUGUAGCAGGGGAAACAUCAAAAUAUCAUUGGUAUCAUGGGAAAAAAACACAUGUAGCUACAGGAAAAACCCUCCAGGUCCGUGUAUCUGGACAGUACAAAUGCCAGGCGCCAGGCUCACUCCAAAGUAAGCCAGUGAAUUUGUUGUUUUCUAAAGAAUCCCUUAUCCUUCAAGCACCAAGCUCUGUGUUUGAAGGUGACAGGUUGCUUCUGAGAUGCAAGAAAAGGGCAAGAGAGAAAUUGACUGCUGUGCAAUAUACCUAUUAUGGAAAAAGUAUUUCUAUUCCUAACAACAUCUCGGAUCUUUUGAUACCUCAAGCUAGUUCAAAACACAAUGGCAGGUACCAGUGCUCUGGCACUAUGAACAAGUAUAAAUUUAAAUCAAAUGCAAAGAUUAUUAAAAUUCAAGAACUAUUUACACUUCCAACACUAAAAAUCACAGCCUUCCAGCCGGAAGAGGGAAGCUCUGUCACACUCAGCUGUGAAGUACAGCUUCCACUGGAGAGGCGCAAUACUCUGCUCCACUUCAUGUUCUUCAGAGAAAAUGAGGUCAUCUUGUCAGAAUGGAGCAGCUCUCCAGAACACCAGAUCGCCACCAUCUGGAAAGAAGACUCAGGAGCUUAUAAAUGUGGUGUUGAAACUGUGAAUGACAGUAUUCUCAAGUACAGCCCUCCAAGACAGAUCCAUGUGCAGAGAAUCCCUGUGUCUGGUGCACUUCUGGAGACUCGACCCCAGAAGGCUCAUGCAUUUCAAGGGAAGACAUUAGUCCUUGUCUGUUCUGUGGCAAAUGGCACAGGGAUCACCACGUUUUUCUGGUACAGAGAGGACACAAAGGAGAGCCUAGGAAGGAAAAGUGGGCGUUUCCAGAGAGCAGAGUUGGAGACCCCUGUAAAGAGCCAUUCAGGGAGCUACUACUGUACAGCGGACAAUGGCUAUGGCCCCAUCCACAGUGUACCUGUGAAUGUCACGAUAAGCGCCUCACUCCCUCUUACACAGGGGCUCAAGGACGAGCUGCCUACAAGUAGAAAGCAAUGCUCUUGCCCCCACCCUCAGCCUAGCUCUCGAGGAGGUCUCAUGAUUCCAAAUCACUUGCUUUCCCUCGUCCCAGAUCUCGUAUUUAGAGCCAAACUGAGGAAAGAUCCCAGGUACAACCUUCUCUUGCUGGAGCUAAAAACCCCUCCCACAUCAAGUGCACCUCCUGCCACGUGUUCUGCCUCCUUGGAGUUACAACUAUUGGAUAGCAAUGCACAACCCAAAAAGGAAGACCUGGUGUACUCGAAGGUCCAGAUGAUUCAUCUCAAAGAAGAGAAUGGGCCAGACCGCGCCCCGCAAUCCACCUUCUGGGUGCGAUUCCUCCACUUGCUCGCAAUCUUUUGCGUCUGGUGGCGAUGCUGCGAGCGCACAGGCGGCGGGAAGCGUGGGCCAGGGAGCUUGGAGAUGAAGAAGCUGGAGAUGGAACCGGGUCGACCGGCGGCGUGCAAGGGAAAUACUAAGUUUGUGUGUGGAAACUCGACUGCACAGCUGCACAGUGGGGUACUGCGUGUGCGCUCUUAUCUAAAAAUCCUUGCCAGCUGCUUUUCACCCCAGUAUCCCACCUCAGCAAAGGCAACAUCAAGAUGCAGGCCCAAUGCUGAGGAGCAUCAGGGUCGAAGGAAAAUGCAGUUUGGAGCACAACUCACACCUGCACUGCAGCUCCAGCCCUUCCUGGGAUGUCUGGCUGUCAGUCUCUGA